CAAAGACAAUAUAUUCAGAUACAGCAUGCAAGGUUUUGGGAAUUAAAUAGUGAAUGUGGCGUCCACACUGAGCGCGAGCUCCUACAGACUUUUCUCCUCUCGCGGCACUGGCUUGCGUACGCGCGUGACCCAGAGCGCGCACUGUCAGGGAAACAGACUAUUAGUCUGGGCAAUGUGACUGAAUAUACAUUUGGGGGUUUUUUUUGUAUCAAUAAAACCACUUUGUGGGUGGGUUACGGAUCUACUCGCGUCAAAGACGACAAGCUAACUAAAAUGACGGAAUCUGACAGAUUAAACAUUGAUUCAAUUAUCCAGCGCCUUUUGGAAGUCAAGGGCUCUAGACCUGGUAAAAAUGUUCAGCUAACGGAGAAUGAGAUUCGUGGCCUCUGCCUGAAAUCCCGGGAGAUUUUCCUUAGUCAGCCAAUUCUACUUGAACUGGAAGCUCCAUUAAAGAUUUGUGGUGACGUGCAUGGUCAGUACUAUGAUCUGCUAAGGCUGUUUGAGUAUGGAGGCUAUCCACCAGAAAGCAACUACCUUUUCUUGGGAGACUAUGUGGACAGGGGGAAGCAGUCCUUAGAGACUAUUUGCCUUCUUUUGGCUUACAAGAUCAAAUAUCCAGAGAAUUUUUUUCUUCUUAGAGGAAACCACGAGUGUGCCUCCAUUAACAGGAUAUAUGGUUUUUAUGAUGAGUGUAAGAGGCGGUAUAACAUCAAGCUCUGGAAAACAUUUACAGACUGUUUCAACUGUUUACCAGUGGCAGCAAUUGUUGAUGAGAAGAUUUUCUGUUGCCAUGGGGGCCUCUCUCCAGACCUGCAGUCCAUGGAGCAGGUGCGUCGUGUGAUGCGGCCCACAGACGUACCCGACCAGGGCCUUCUGUGUGACCUGCUGUGGGCUGACCCUGAUAAGGACGUACUGGGCUGGGGCGAAAACGACCGCGGCGUCUCCUUCACCUUCGGCUCAGAUGUGGUGGCCAAGUUCUUGCACAAGCAUGACAUGGACCUCAUCUGUAGAGCACACCAGGUGGUGGAGGACGGCUACGAGUUCUUUGCCAAACGUCAGCUUGUCACUCUGUUCUCGGCGCCGAACUACUGCGGAGAGUUUGACAACGCUGGGGCCAUGAUGAGUGUGGACGAGACGCUCAUGUGCUCCUUCCAGAUCCUUAAACCAGCUGAUAAGAAGCUGAUGACGUAUGGGGGUGCAGGGGGUUUUGGAACUGGGCGACCUGUCACCCCACCACGGAAUGCUGCCAAGGGGGCCAAAGCCAAGAAAUAGCCCUGCCUCUCCACCACACACGCCCUUUCUCUUCACCAUGCUACCUCUGGUCCUCCUGUCUUCACCAUGGAACUCUUAGCAGUGCCUGUGACCCCCCCCCCCCCCCCCCCCCCCCCCCCCCCCCCCCCCGGUUUUGUUUGUUUUAAUUGACCAAUUGAGUGCUAGUCAGAAGCGGUGUGUCUGUGGGUGUCUACACUGGUGUAGUCUCACUUUAUUGUGAAUUGUUGGGUUUAGGGCAUGGGGUGAUUUUUUUUUUUUUGUAUUAUCCCAUCACCACUUUCUAUAACUGAACUGAUUAACUUCCUUGUUAUAGAUGUAUGAUUAAUACAUGUGUAUCCCACAGUAGGGAUCUUUUUAUUGGACCUAAGUGAAGUAUUUCUCUUCAAGCUCAAGCCUCAGGGUCCAGGAGUUUAUUCCCCAGACAGGGGAGAGCUGAACGCACACACCUUUAGCUCCUAAAGCAAUCAGAGUAGAUGAGUGUGUGCAUGUUUGUAUGUCUGUCAAACAAUUAUUUUAUCACUGCCGCUGUCUAAUGGGUGGGUAUCUGUGAAUGCGUUUUCAGUCCUCAUUCCUCUAGUUUAGGCCUUAGCAUUUAUCCUACCUAAGCCACUUCCUUCUUUCGCGUGUGUGAUGCGUGCGUGUGUGUGCUCGCGUGUGUGUGUGUGUGUGUGUGUGUGUGUGUGUGUGUGUGUGUGUGUGUGUGUGUUGCUGCCGCCACUCCAGCACAUGUCCAAAAGUACCAAAUGUUCUUGCAGUUGUUUUUCUCAUCUUAAUAUCCUCCCCUCCCUGCCCACAGAUGGUGUGAGUGGCUUUAGUGUGUAACUAUAGUUGAAAAUCUUUCUUUCCUUUGACAUCAGAGGGGUAGGUUUGUACAGCAUACUACUUGAAUAAGAAACUUUUUUUUUUUGGUAGUCCUUCAGAAACUCCAAUAAAAUUCCCAUCCAAAACUGA